CAUUGAAAUCACAUUUAACUGCAAUUCUGUCUUCUUUAUUUGAAUGGCUUGAUUUGAUUUUUAAGAUGCAAAAGGCUAAUGGCACAUCUGCAUGUGCAUCAUGCAAGCAUCAAAGGAAAAAAUGCACUGAAAAGUGCAUAUUGGCACCCUUCUUCCCUGUAGAUAAAACCCGAGAAUUCCAGGGAGUGCAUAAGGUGUUUGGUGUGAGCAAAGUAACGAAAAUAGUAAUGAAUCUCGAGGAAGAAGAUCGAAAACGAGCUGUAGAUUCGCUCAUAUGGGAAGCCUUUUGCCGGCAAAAGGAUCCGGUUCUAGGUCCUUAUGGAGAAUACAGAAGAGUUUGUGAGGAGCUAAGGUUGUACCAAAGUCAAUACCUGCAAAUUCAGCAAGUCCAAAAUCAGUUUAAAGCAGCAGCACAAGGGCUAAUGGGAUGGAACAGUAACAAGUUUAUGAGCUAUAAUAGUGCGGAAAUAAACAACAACAACGUUGAUAAUAAUAGUUCUCUGAAUAUUCAAGAAACUCAUAAACUAAGGGGAGAAAGAGACAAUAGUUCUGCUCUUAUUAUGCCUCCGUUGCAUUUGCCUAAUGGUUUUAACCAACAAUACUUUUUUACAGAUAUCUCUAUUUGUAACAGGUCAAUACAAUCAAAUUGAUUCCAAGUCAUUGGAGCUCGUAGAUUGCUAGUUCUCCUGUCCUCUUAAUUACUUCUCCUUCUCAUUUUUAGUUUUUCACCAGAUUCAUUGGUACAUGCAUUUUAAUGCAUAUGAUUGUAUGAUUCUUUUGUAUUUGAUUAUUCAAAAAUAGUCGAUGCUUGCAA